AUGGAGCCCUUGCGGGUUCUGGAACUAUACAGCGGCGUUGGAGGCAUGCACCAAGCUCUCAGAGAAAGCUGUGUACCUGCCCAAGUGGUGGCCGCCAUUGAUGUAAAUACUGUCGCUAAUGAAGUGUACAAGUACAAUUUUCCUCACACACUGUUAUUGGCCAAGACAAUUGAAGGCAUUACACUAGAAGAGUUUGACAGAUUAUCUUUCAAUAUGAUUUUAAUGAGCCCUCCAUGUCAGCCAUUCACAAGAAUUGGCCUGCAGGGUGAUAAGGCUGAUCCAAGGACAAGUAGCUUCUUGUAUAUUCUAGAUAUUCUUCCAAGAUUACAAAAAUUACCAAAGUAUAUUGUUUUAGAAAAUGUCAAAGGUUUCGAAGUAUCUUCGACAAGAGACCUGUUUAUACAAACAAUAGAAAACUGUGGCUUUCAGUACCAAGAAUUUUUAUUAUCUCCAACCUCUCUUGGCAUUCCGAACUCCAGGCUGCGCUAUUUCCUUGUUGCAAAGCUUCAGUCAGAUCCAUUAUCGUUUCAAGCCCCUGGGCAGGUACUGAUGGAGUUCCCCAAAAUCGGAUCUGAAAAUCCCCAGAAACAUGCUGGAGAUGCAGAAAAGACAGUUGAACCAAACAUUGGCCUUGGUGACAGCACACACUGUUCUGGAAAAAAGACCAUACUUUUUAAGCUUGAGACCACAAAAGAAAUAGACAGGAAACAUCAACAGAACAGUGAUCUCUCUGUUCGUAUGCUAAAAGAUUUUCUUGAACAUGACAUUGACAUAAAUCAGUACUUUUUGCCACCAAAGUUGUUGCAGCGAUAUGCUCUUAUAUUAGAUAUUGUUAAGCCCACUUGCAGAAGAUCUACAUGCUUUACAAAAGGUUAUGGAAGCUUCAUAGAAGGUGCAGGAUCCGUAUUACAAACUUCAGAAGAUGUGCAGAUUGAGAAUAUCUACAAGUCUCUUAGCAGUUUGUCAGAAGGAGAACAGAUAGAAAAAUUGUUAAUGCUUAAACUGCGGUAUUUCACUCCUAAAGAAAUAGCAAAUCUUCUUGGAUUUCCUCCAGAGUUCGGAUUUCCUGAGAAGAUAACAAUGAAGCAGCGUUACCGACUACUUGGAAAUAGUCUCAAUGUGCAUGUAGUAGCUAAAUUAAUCAAAACCUUAUUUGAAUAGCUUUGAAAUCAUUAUGAAAGAUUGUCACAU